AUGACCUUGAUCUUCCUGCUGGUCAUCCACACACCCUCCCUCCCCCGUGCCUGCCCCAGCCCCUGUGCUGCCAUUGACCGGGAGUGCGCAUUGGCUGAUGCACCACCAGAGGGAGACACUGGCCUCUCAGACACUUACCUUCUGCCUUCAGAAGCACAGGGGAGCAGCAGUCUGAGCAAAGAGCACCCCCAAGAGAGGGUAACAGUGACACCUCUGAAUCCAGCAAAUCCUGCACAGUCAGGGGAAGAGCUUCUGGAGCCUGAAUUGGAAGGGGCAGCCCCCUCAUCCCCCUCAGUGGGUCAAGACCCUAAGGCCCUGUCAGCCCUGUCAACGCAGACUCCAGAAGAGGCGGGCAGCAAGCACACCACCGCCCCCAGGAAGAGGCUGCCCUCGCUCAAGCAGGUGAACUUGGCCAGGAAACAGCUGAGGCCCAAGACCACCUCCACAGCUGCCCUCCUGAGGACCGGGUCCCAGCAAGCAUCCUCAGACCCGGGCCUCCUCGCUGCCAUCACCGAGAAGCCCCAUCCACCAGCCGACCUGGACCCAAUGGCCUUGGCAGGAGAGGGGACCCGCCAGCUGUCCUCAGAGGAGCCCAUCUGGCUGGACAGGAAGGACAGUGCGGUCCCUACCACACCUGCUCCCCUGCAGAUCUCCCCCUUCACCUCACAGCCCUUCAUGGCUCACACCCUGCCCCAGAGGCCAGACCCUGGGGAGCUGGUGAUACCUGAGGAGGCCCAAGAAGCUCCUCCAGAGGAUGCCAGUCCCAUGACCCUGAUGGACAAAGGUGAGAAUGAGCUGACCGGGUCAGCUUCGGAGGAGAGUCAGGAGACCACCACAUCCACCAUCAUCACCACCACAGUCAUCACCACUGAGCAGGCCCCAGCCCUCUGCAGCGUGAGCUUCUCCGAUCCCGAAGGGUACAUUGACUCCAUUGACUACCCACCGCUGCCCCUCAACAGCUUCCUGGAGUGCACGUACAACGUGACUGUCUACACUGGCUAUGGGGUAGAGCUGCAGGUGAAGAAUGUGAACCUGUCUGAGGGGGAGCUCCUCUCCAUCCGUGGAGUGGACGGCCCCACCCUGACAGUCCUGGCAAACCAGACGCUCCUGGUAGAGGGGCAGGUCAUCAGAAGCCCCACCAACACCAUCUCUGUUUACUUCCGGACCUUCCAGGAUGACGGCCUUGGAACCUUCCAGUUGCACUACCAGGCCUUCAUGCUGAGCUGCAGCUUCCCGCACAGGCCCGACUUUGGCGAUGUCACGGUGAUGGACCUGCACUCGGGCGGGGCGGCCCACUUCCACUGCCAGCUGGGCUACGAGCUGCAGGGCGCCAAGACCCUGACGUGCAUCAACGCCUCCAAGCCCCACUGGAGCAGCCGGGAGCCCAUGUGCUCAGCUCCUUGUGGAGGGGCCGUGCACAAUGCCACCAUCGGCCGGGUCCUCUCCCCAAGUUACUCCGGAAAUGCCAACGGGAGCCAGUUCUGUGUCUGGACCAUUGAGGCUCCAGAAGGCCAGAAGCUGCACCUGCACUUUGAGAGGCUGUCACUGCAUGAGAAGGACAGGAUGCUGGUCUACAGUGGGCUGACCAACAAGACAGCUCUCCUCUACGACUCCUUUCAAACAGAGAGUGUCCCCUUUGAGGGGCUGCUGAGCGAAGGCAACACCAUCCGCAUCGAGUUCACCUCCGACCAGGCGCGAGCGGCCUCAGUCUUCAACAUCCGAUUCGAGGCCUUUGAGAAAGGCCACUGCUACGAGCCCUACAUUCAGAAUGGGAACUUCACCACAUCCGACCCCACCUACAACAUCGGGACCAUAGUGGAGUUUACCUGCGACCCUGGCCACUCUCUGGAGCAAGGCCCCGCCAUCAUCGAGUGCAUCAACGUGCGGGACCCAUACUGGAAUGACACGGAGCCCCUGUGCAGAGCAAUGUGUGGUGGGGAGCUCUCUGCCGUGGCUGGGGUGGUGCUCUCCCCAAACUGGCCAGAACCCUACGUGGAAGGUGAAGAUUGUAUCUGGAAGAUCCACGUAGGGGAGGAGAAACGGAUCUUCCUAGAUAUCCAGUUCCUCAACCUGAGCAACAGUGACAUCCUGACCAUCUACGACGGAGAUGAGGUCACACCCCACAUCUUGGGGCAGUACCUUGGCAGCAGUGGGCCCCAGAAGCUGUACUCCUCCACGCCAGACCUGACCAUCCAGUUCCACUCGGACCCUGCCGGCCUCAUCUUUGGGAAGGGCCAGGGGUUCAUCAUGAACUACAUAGAGGUGUCAAGGAACGACUCCUGCUCAGAUUUGCCUGAGAUCCAGAAUGGCUGGAAAACCACGUCUCAUACAGAGCUUGUGCGGGGAGCCAAAAUCACCUACCAGUGUGACCCCGGCUAUGACAUUGUGGGGAGUGACACCCUCACAUGCCAGUGGGACCUCAGCUGGAGCAGCGACCCCCCAUUUUGUGAGAAAAUUAUGUACUGCACCGACCCUGGAGAAGUGGACCACUCGACCCGCUUGAUCUCGGACCCUGUUCUGCUGGUGGGCACCACCAUCCAAUACACCUGCAACCCGGGCUUUGUGCUUGAAGGGAGCUCUCUGCUCACAUGCUACAGCAGAGAAACCGGCACUCCCAUCUGGACAUCACGCCUGCCCCACUGUGUCUCGGAGGAGUCCCUGGCCUGCGACAACCCAGGGUUACCUGAAAACGGGUACCAAAUCCUGUACAAGCGGCUCUACCUGCCGGGGGAGUCUCUCACCUUCAUGUGCUACGAAGGCUUCGAGCUCAUGGGCGAAGUGACCAUCCGAUGCAUCCUGGGGCAGCCAUCCCACUGGAACGGGCCGCUGCCUGUCUGCAAAGUUAAUCAAGACAGCUUUGAGCACGCUUUAGAAGUAGCAGAAGCGGCAGCAGAGACCUCACUGGAAGGGGGCAACAUGGCCCUGGCAAUCUUCAUCCCGGUCCUCAUCAUCUCUUUGCUGCUGGGAGGAGCCUACAUUUAUAUCACCAGAUGUCGCUAUUACUCCAACCUCCGCCUGCCCCUGAUGUACUCGCACCCCUACAGCCAGAUCACCGUGGAAACCGAGUUUGACAACCCCAUUUAUGAGACCGGGGAAACCAGAGAGUAUGAAGUUUCCAUCUAAAGAGAGCUACACUGGAGAAGGGAACCGGCAGAUAGGAACUCAACUACAACCUCCUCGAGAAAUUCAUCCAGAGAUCAUGUGGCAUUUGAUAGAAACCCCAGAG